UACAACGUGAACCGACUUAGGGUUACGCUUCCGGUUGAGAGGGACGAAGAGCGAUGGCGUCGAAGGCGAAAGGAAAGGCGGCGAAGAGGGCGUCGGAGGAGGAGCGAUCGGUGGCGAAGAGCGUGAAGGAGUGGACCAAUUGGACGAUGAAGAAGGCCAAGGUCAUCACGCACUACGGCUUCAUUCCUCUCGUCAUUAUCAUCGGCAUGAACUCCGAGCCCAAGCCUUCCAUCUCUCAGCUCCUCAGCCCCGUCUGAGUGCUUCUCUCCGAUACCGAGAUUGUGCAUCUUGCUCUUAUAUUAGCAGUUUUUCGAUGGUUCGGUGAUUAUUCGUCGAAUUAACUCGUUGCUGAGCUAGCCUUUUGCUUUUCUCUUGUCCGCGUUCUGAAAGUUUCUGUUUGGUUGUGGAAUUAAUAUGUGAUUUGAAGUAGUAUAGAGUUCUGGAUUUUUGAAGAA